GUGCUGCUGCUGCUAAAGUCACAACCCUGACAGUAGCCUGCACUGCCUUUUGCAAGUGUAUUUGUGUAGCUGCUGGUGCCACCGCUGCCGCCCCCCACCCCCCCUUAAAUGGUGUGGGCAGAGUGGGAUGGAAGAUUGCAUCGGAAACCUUUUCAUGGAAAUGGUCUUUGCUGUUGGUACUGCUGUAACACCAUUUUGGUGACAACAACAUGCCGUUGAAAUGGAAAAGCGGUUCUCCUGUCAGCUGGAAAUUCCCAGUGCCAGUUCUUAAGACAUCCAGGUCCUCACCCCUUUCGCCUGCCUACAUAUCUCUGGUGGAGGACGACGACGCUCACAUGAAAGUGGCUCUGGGCUAUGGUGACAUGGGCAUUUCUGCUCAUCUUCAGGCAUCCAAGACUGGAAACACUCGCUUUUUCACAAGCAACACACACAGCUCAGUGGUUCUUCAGGGAUUUGACCAGCUCAGAAUAGAAGGUUUGCUAUGUGACGUGACGCUGGUGGCUGGCGAUGGCGACGAGGCGUUCCCCGUGCACCGGGCCAUGAUGGCGUCCUCCUCAGACUACUUCAAAGCCAUGUUCACAGGUGGGAUGAAAGAGCAGGAUUUGAUGUGCAUCAAACUUCACGGAGUGAACAGAAUAGGCCUGAAAAAGAUCAUUGACUUCAUCUACACGGCAAAGUUGUCCCUCAACAUGGAGAACCUGCAAGAUACUCUUGAGGCUGCCAGCUUCUUACAGAUUCUUCCUGUGCUGGACUUUUGCAAGGUUUUUCUCAUUUCUGGGGUUUCUCUCGACAACUGCGUAGAGGUGGGACGCAUUGCCAACACAUACAACCUGACAGAGGUGGACAAAUACGUCAACAACUUCAUCCUGAAGAACUUCCCCUCCUUGCUGGGCACAGGAGAGUUUGUGAAGCUGCCCUUUGAACGCUUGGCCUUCGUGCUGUCCAGCAACAGCUUGAAGCACUGCUCUGAGCUGGACCUGUUCAAAGCCGCGUGCCGCUGGCUGCGUUACGAAGACGCUCGCAUGGACUACGCCGCAAAGCUCAUGAAGAACAUCCGCUUCCCCCUCAUGAACCCCCAGGAGCUCAUCAAUCACGUGCAGACGGUGGACUUCAUGCGCACGGACAACACCUGCGUCAACCUCCUGCUGGAAGCUAGCAAUUACCAAAUGAUGCCCUACAUGCAGCCGGUCAUGCAGUCUGAACGGACAGCCAUUCGCUCGGACAGCGCCCACCUGGUCACCCUGGGGGGCGUCCUGCGCCAGCAGCUCGUGGUGAGCAAGGAGCUGCGCCUCUUCGACGAGAAGGCUCACGAGUGGAAGGCCCUGGCCCCCAUGGACGCACCGCGGUACCAGCACGGCAUCGCCGUCAUCGGGAACUUUCUCUAUGUUGUGGGUGGCCAAAGCAACUACGACACCAAAGGCAAAACGGCAGUGGACACUGUAUUCCGGUACGACCCUCGCUACAACAAAUGGAUGCAGGUGGCAUGCCUUAAUGAGAAACGGACCUUCUUCCACCUCAGUGCACUCAAGGGACACCUGUACGCCGUCGGGGGGAGGAACGCUGCCGGGGAGCUCGCUACUGUGGAGUGCUACAACCCAAGGACAAAUGAAUGGACUUAUGUUGCCAAAAUGAACGAGCCACAUUAUGGUCACGCUGGGACGGUGUACGGCGGUUAUAUGUAUAUUUCAGGUGGAAUCACUCACGACACUUUUCAGAAGGAGCUGAUGUGCUUCGACCCGGACGCAGACAAAUGGACUCAGAAGGCGCCCAUGACAACGGUGCGCGGCCUGCACUGCAUGUGCACGGUGGGCGACCGCCUGUACGUGAUCGGGGGCAACCACUUCCGCGGCACCAGCGACUACGACGACGUGCUGAGCUGCGAGUACUACUCCCCCGCCCUGGACCUGUGGACGCCCAUCGCCGCCAUGCUGCGGGGGCAGAGCGACGUGGGCGUGGCCGUGUUCGAGAACAAGAUCUACGUGGUGGGCGGAUACUCCUGGAACAAUCGCUGCAUGGUGGAGAUCGUACAGAAGUACGACCCGGAGAAAGACGAAUGGCACAAAGUGUUCGACCUGCCCGAGUCGUUGGGCGGGAUUCGAGCCUGCACCCUCACAGUUUUCCCCCCUGAGGAUAUCUCGGGCUCGCCCUCCAGAGAAUCGCCCCUCUCAGCACCUUGAUGAGUAAAAGGGGGGUGGUGGCCAUGUUUUUUGCUCAUACCCCCUUUCCCCCUUCCCCCUUACAACUUCCUCAACAAACACACUUUAUAGACAUUGUUUGCACUUCCUUUUUUGGACAAUAUCCGUACUGCAUCGCUAAGUACGUACGCCCCAGUCCACGUCCCCCAAAGCUGUGCAGAGACUCCUCCCCGAGUGAUUACUUAGUGACACGGUUGGCAACCUAAUUACAUCUUAAUGUUGCAUAUUUGGUAUAUUUUGGCAGGAAAUACCUUGACUUGAAACAUGACUUUGCAAAUCAACUUUUCUACCUGAUGUCUUCAGAGUUUUCUUAUGUGUCGUUUCCUCUGGUGUUCUACCUAGAGAUGUUGACUAUGAUGACUCUUCUAGUGUCUGCUGGGUUAAAUCCAAGCCAAGAGAGUUGAAGUAUAGGAACGGAUGAGCUCCCAAACAGAUGGUUUUUGUUUUUUUUUUAAACUCAGGGGUUGGCCCCAUAGACAUAUAUACGUAGACGCCCCAUCGAGUGUUCUUGCCCGCUGCUGCGAUACGUCAACGACGCCGCCAUAUUGGAUGAGGCAAGACU